AUGGGAAAACAGACGAAAGCAACGAAGAAAUUCGAGAAGAACCGCCUAAAAGGUACGAUCGAUCGAAGGAAAGAAUUCGCAAAAGUCAAACAACGACAUCAACAGAAGGCCAAGAAGAAUCAAAGAGCCGCACAGAGACAAGAGGCCCGGAAAGAUGAAGGAGACUCUGAAUCUGAUAUGGAGGGGGAAGAUGGAGUUAAGAUGAACGAGGACGAAUAUUUUCAAGAAGGAUUCAUGAUACCGGAACAUGAAACGAUGGCUACAUCAAAGGACAGGACUAGGAAACGCAGGAGGGCUGGGGCCAUUGAGGACGUCCAAACAUCCUCAGUGUCGGAUAAAGAUGGCUCGGAUGACGAGGCGGGCGAUCACAAAGGCCAAUUGGCGGCACUGGCACAGAAAGAUCCCGAGUUCUACAAGUACCUGCAGGAGAAUGACGCCGAGUUGUUGGACUUUGAUGAAGAUGGCGAUCUUGCGGAAGUUGAUGAUCUCAGCGAAGGAGAACCUCCCGCCAAAGACCGAAAGACCAAGGAAUCGCAAGACACAACAGUUCCCGUCGAGGUUACACUGUCCAUGGUCGAGAAAUGGAAACCUUCAUUGACCGAGCAAUUUUCCAUUAGAGCGCUGCGGCAAGUUGUGCUAGCAUUUCGGGCUGCCGCUCACGCAGGCGACGAAGAGGAUAAAGCAUUCAAAUACAGAAUUCCAAAUCCGGAGGUAUAUCAUGAGGUUCUGAUGACGGCACUGAAGCAGGUCCCCAAAGUCCUCGCACACCAUCUUCCAGUCAAGGAGUCUGCAGGAGGCAAAGUGCGCGUCCCGACUGAGAUACCGAAGUUCAAGACUCUGGCACCCCUGAUCAAAUCCCAUGCUUCAUCCUUACAUUGUCUGCUUGGGCACCUCUCAGACACAAAUACGUUACGAUUAACCCUCCAAUCAUUUGAGCCGCUGUUACCGUAUUUACUGCAAUUUCGCAAAUUCUUGAAGGUGAUUACCAAGGCAGUGGCAUCAGUCUGGUCAGAUAACUCUUCUGAUGAAGCAACGAGAAUCGUGGCUUUCAUCGUCAUCCGCCGACUGAUGGUCGUCGGGGAUGCAGGAAUUCGAGAAUCUGUCCUGAAGGCAACAUAUGAAGGUGUUGUCAGAGGCAGCCGAAGCACGACUAUUCACACUCUCGCUGGUAUCAACCUGAUGAAGAAUUCAGCCGCCGAGAUCUGGGGCAUCGAUCAAAAAGUCAGCUACACAACCGGCUUCACAUUCAUCCGGCAGCUCGCUAUUCACCUGCGUGGACAUAUCACCAAGCCCACAAAAGAUUCGUACAAAACCAUCUACAAUUGGCAAUUUGUACAUUCGCUUGACUUUUGGUCUCGCGUUUUGUCGACGCACUGCAAUUCCCUCCUUGAGGCACAACACGGCAAACAAUCACAAUUAAGACCACUGAUCUACCCUGUUGUGCAGGUCACGUUGGGGGUCAUGCGACUCAUCCCUACAUCGACCUACUUUCCUCUUCGAUUCCAGCUCAUGCGGUCCCUGCUGCGCAUCUCGCAAGCGACAGAAACAUAUAUUCCCCUCUCCGCAGCCCUUCUGGAGGUGCUCAACUCGGCGGAGAUGAAGACACCGGCAAAAGCAUCGACUCUCCGGCCCCUCGAUUUUUCGUCGAACAUCAGAGCACCCACCUCUUAUCUGAAGACAAAGGCGUACCAGGAAGGAAUCGGGGAGCAGGUAGUCGAACUGUUCUCCGAGUUUCUCGUCUUGUGGACAAAGAGCAUCGCAUAUCCGGAGCUACAACUGCCGGUGACAGUGAUGCUUAAGCGAUGGCUGAAAGCUGCGUCCAAAGGUGGCGGGAACAGGAACAGCAAACUGAACCAAGCGCUUCUGUUGCUGGUGCAGAAAUCCGAAGCGAACGCAAAAUGGAUUGAAGAGAGGAGGAAUAAAGUUAACUUCGCGCCCAAGGACCGCACGGAGGUCGAGGCCUUCCUCAAGGAUAUUCAGUGGCAGGACACGCCCCUGGGAGCGUUUGUGGUCGCGCAAAGAAAAUUGAGAGAAGAGAGAAAGAUAGUGCUCGAACAGGGCAGGAAAGAGCAGGAUCGGAAGCAGAAGGUUGAUGCUAAUGAAGAUGAGGAUGAGGAUGAGGAUGACGAGAUCGGGAUAGCGGGAUAG